AUGGAUUUGACCAAUGAGACCACAGUCAAGGAAUUCAUUCUGCUGGGAUUUGGAGUUGAGCAGCAGAAGCGGUUCCUGCUCCUCAUCUUUUUCAGUAUCCUCUACAUGCUCACUUUGGCUGAGAACAUCACCAUUAUCACUCUGGUGCUUGUAGACACCCGCUUGGCCCGGCUCCCCAUGUACAUCCUCCUGAGCAACUUCUCCUGGAUGGAGAUGUGCUAUGUGACAACCACAGUGCCCCGAAUGCUUUACGACCUGGCAUUCCCUUAUGGAGUCAUCUCUUUCCAGGCUUGCUUCCUUCAGUUCUAUGUCUUCUUCACCCUCGGCAGCACUGAAUGCUUCUUCCUCUCAGCUAUGGCCUUUGAUCGGUACCUGGCUAUUUGCCACCCACUGCGCUACCCACAAAUCAUGUCUCAAAAAUCAUGUUAUAGUUUAGUGGCUCUUUGUUGGGUCCUUGGCAGCUCAGCAUACAUUGGUCCAGUGACAUUGAUCUCCAAGUUGUCCUUCUGUGGCCCCAACAUUAUUGAUCAUUUUGUGUGUGAUUUUGAGCCCCUUCUGAACUUGGCCUGCCCUCCACGAGGGAAUGCUGCCAUUGCCUACCUGUUUGUUAUGAAUGUCCUGGUUAUAUUAGGUAGCUUCAUCUUUAUUGUGCUCUCCUAUGGGGUUGUCAUUCUCACCCUGAUGAAAUCUUCUAGACAAGGCAGUCGUAAGAAGGCCUUCUCCACCGUUUUCUUCCACUUGGUGGUUGUGACCCUUUUCUAUGGUUCAGCGGGAGGGAUGUAUGUUACUCCUUCUGGAGAAGGUCACUCACAUGUCGCUAAAAUAGUAACGACCUUCUAUACAACCAUCACACCUUUCCUAAAUCCCUUGAUCUAUUGUCUGAGGAAUGAUCAGGUGAGGGAGGCCCUGGACAGGCUUCUGGGGAGAAAAGAUAUAUGGCUUAGAAGAAAGGUGGCUUUGCAAAGGGGAGAAGGAAAGAAAGGGAAAAAAUGA